AGGCAUGUUCCGAGUUCAUCCGGAACUCCCGAGAAUUUUCGCAUUUAGUCACGACGGUCACGUGAUAUACAUAAAAUGUUCAGCAGGGGUACUUCCGGUUAUUAUUAUUUACAUUAGAAACAAUGUCGUCUGUCACAAAUUUUGGUAGUCGCUCGUAUUUUUGCGUCGCCGAGGGCUGUAAUUCGGAUGAAAGAAAGAGGGGACGGUACGGAUACAUGGCCAAUGUGAGAUUUCAUCCUUUUCCAACUAAAAAAAAGCAUCCUCGCACAGAAAACGGUGGUUGGAACUACUGAGAAGGAAAAAUUACGAGCCCAAAAGAAAUCACCGAGUAUGUUCUCUACAUUUUGUUGAUGAGAAACCAACAGAAAAGCAUCCUUUUCCAGAGUUGUUUGCAUACAACAACUUCAAAGAUAGUCAGAAGAUUCGCUCAACAACAUCAAUAACAAAAAGAGAGCAGAGCAAAGUUCCUGAACCACAGAUACAAAUCUCAACAGAAGCCUCAGCGAUUUGUGAAUCAGUGAAUAUUGAUGAAAUCUGCUAUUCCACUGGUGAUGAACUUAAUGGGUGCUGGCCAGUAACCAAAGAAGUAGAAGUGACUGACAAUUCAGCUAUGAACAUAAUUUCAUACCCAAGUACAGACACAUAUGUUGAAGUGGAACACUGCUACACUGGCACUCACAGGGUUGACGAUGUUCAGACAAGAGAGAUAGGGAUACAGACAUCCAUGACCAGUGCAGAUAUUGAUCGACUGGAGAAGAAGGGAAAAAGACUGGAUAAUCCAGAUCAGCUUAUGCGAGAGCUCUUUGUAACGAAAGUUACAAAGAAUGAUAAAAGUGUCCAAAAGUAUACUGGACUGCCGUCAAAACAAAGCCUUGGUGGUUUAUUUGGCAUCUUGGACAAAGCAUCACCAGUCCUAAAAUACUGGUCAGGACAAGGGAGUGCAGCAAAGCCCAAUUACCAGAGUGAUAGUCUACACCCAAAGUCAGGACCCAAAAGAAAGCUGACAAGGUUUCAUGAGUUCCUACUCACCUUGGUGCGACUACGUCUGGCCCUAUCAACAUUCGUCAUUGCAGAUUUGUUUGGCGUGUCUAGCUCCAGAGUAUCACAAGUAUUUGCUACCUGGAUUAAUUUCAUGUACAUCAUAUUCACACCUCUAUUGAAAUGGCUUCAAGGAAUGUAAUUAAGAAAUUCAUGCCUGCAUCUUUUCGUGCAAAGUUUCCAAAUGUUGUUUGCAUUAUUGAUUGUACUGAAUUUUUUAUUAGAAAACCAAGGAAUCCAACUGCGCAGUCUCAAACAUAUAGCUCUUAUAAGCACCACAAUACUUAUAAAGCACUUGUCGGGAUGUCACCUUCAGGUGCGUUCACAUUUGUGUCGAACAUGUGGGGAGGUAAUGUUUCCGAUAGAUUUAUUCCGAAAGAGAGUGGUUUCCUUGAUAACAUACGACCAGGUGAUGAGAUUAUGGCUGACAGGGGGUUUGUUAUUAGGGACCUUUUACUUAAAUGCAGAUCAACGUUGGUUAUCCCCCCUUUUACAAGGAAAUGCUCAUGGGGUAAAGGAAAGCAUUUGUCUCCUUCAGAGAUCUUGAAAACGAAAAA